AGAUCGUAGCAGUUCGUUUAGCUGAAACUACACAUAUACACAUACACCCGGUAUUAUUUUCAGUUGCAAGAAAACAAUGGCACAGGGCGGAAGGAAGAUUGUCAUCGGAGUGGAUGAGAGCGCUUUUUCGGAGCAAGCAUUUAACUUUUACGUGGAGAAUUUCCUCCGAGAAGAUGAUACCCUCUUUCUUGUUCAUACACCAGAGCGGUACAAUUUCGUGGAUGCAAAUCUUGGUACUCCUGUAGAGCGCACCGCUGUCUUGCACGAACUGUAUGAUGAGAUUAACAAAAAAGUGAGAGCUCUGGAAAACAAGUACCAAGAGAAAAUAAAGGCGGCCGGCAUCAAAUCGUCAAAGUUUGUGACCAAACAGGGCGGACCCGGAGAAGCGAUCGUUGCUGUGGCUGACAAGGAGAAGGCCAAUAUGAUAGUGACUGGUUGUCGAGGCAUGGGUAUAGUAAGGCGGACAUUACUGGGGAGCGUGAGUGAUUACGUCCUCCAUCAUUCCCACUGUCCUGUUCUCGUGUGCCGGAAGUAAACAGCAAUAAAAAUCAGACCAACAAUCAUACUCACUUCCGUUAUUACCUAUUAUAUUUUAUUAAUAUAAUUUUUACUUUCCCGUGUACUUUCCACUGUUACGUUACUGUAGAUUACAAAUGUGUAUUCAGUUGAAAUUCACAUAUCUAUAAAUAUACAUAUAAAUUGUUAAUGUUACCGAAGAAGUCUAUUAUCAUAAUAUCAGUGUCACAAUAGCAUGGAAAUUGAAUCUUUUCUAUUUAUAGAAGAAAUAUUGUUCUUGAAUAUUAAAUGAAGUUCCUCCUUACUAUUUUGGCAAUAUCACAAAAUAAUCACAACUUUUUUUUUAUCGUAUUAGAUUAUUUUGUCUGUUAUAUAGCUGUUAAUAUAUAUUCCUGUGUUCUGAAAAGAUGAAAUAAAAUCUUUAACCAUGA